AUUCCCACGCAACCCUCAAGCACUUUCCUUGCACCCACCUGCACUCCUUUCCAAUGUUAGCUUACUUCCCUUCUCUAUAUAUGCAGCUGACCUCCAUUCACCUCAUAUACUAUAACGCAUACUGCAUUCACCUAUGGCUACUAAUUCUAGUCAUUCCAAACCAUCCAAAUGGCUCUCCAACAAGGCCUUCAAGCUGAGCCCCCGUCGCCUCCACCGCACCAAGUCCGGCCUGCCGACACCUCCACCAUCCCCCCAUGUUGGUUGCACCAAGGAGUUCCAUGACGCAUUCCGACACUUCGAUGCCGAUGGCGAUGGUAAAAUAUCAAGUGAUGAGCUAAGUGCCUUCUUUGCAUGGGCCGGGGAGGACGUGAACCUUGAGGAGGCCAAGCGGGUGAUCGGAGAUUUCGACUCGGAUGGCGAUGGACUAAUGGACUAUGAUGAUUUUGUUAGGCUGAUGGUGAGGGAUGAUAAUGGAGGGGAUGAGGAUCUGAGAAGGGCAUUUGAGAUGUUUGAGUUGGAGAAGGGGUCAGGGUGCAUUACACCUAAGGGACUGCAGAGGGUGUUGAGCCGGUUAGGGGAGGUGAGGUCUAAUGAGGAGUGUGCCGCCAUGAUAAAGGCUUAUGAUCUUGAUGGGAAUGGGGUGCUUGACUACCCUGAGUUCCAUCGCAUGAUGACUUGAUGUUAUUUGAGUUCAUUGUUCAUUCUCAAAAAAAAGUUCAUUGUGAGUGCGUUUUUACCAACGUAUAUAAGUGUGCUCAAGUUCUUAUAAUGAGCAUAUAAGUUGUUUUAGUGCAAAUUGCCCUUUAGUUUUAGCUUAGUUUUAUAUGAUAUGAAUGUGGAUAUUUAUUGUUCUUUAAUGAAUGUUGAAAAUAGUAAAGUUUAUUUUAGAUUU